AUGGCUUCUGGAGUGCCAAAGACACCAACACCUCGUAUUUUGCUCAGGGAAAGACUGAAGGCUGAUUCUCUGACUCCCUCUGCCUUCCAGAAGGAGAUGUCUCUCAGCACCAAGCAGAGGCUGGCCAGAGCUAAGAAGCUGAGUCUGCCUCAGGUUGUCCAGCCUCAAGACAAGCCUGGGACCUCCCAUCACAAGUUCUCAGCAGCUGUCCCAGAGCAGCGCUCGUUUCAGCCUUGCCCACCAGAGGUGGUGUUUCAGAACUACAGCCCCGGUGAGGUCUGUGAAGUGCCGCUGGUUCUGAGGAACAGGGACAAGGUUCCUCACUUGGUGAAGGUCACCUUGAAGAGCUCACCUUAUUUCCAGCUGGUGGGCCCCAAUGACGCGUGCCGCAAGGUGCCACCGGGCCUCUACACCACUGUCCGCAUCCUCUUCACCCCUGGGCAGAAAAAGGAUUAUUUCCACCAGCUCCUCUGCACCACUGAAAGUGAAGAGUUCAUUGUACCAGUUUGGGCCAUUGGUGCUCGAGCCAUCCUGGACUUUCCUGACCAGCUGGACUUCUCCACCUGUCCGGUCAAGUACAGCACCCAGAAGACUCUGCUGGUUCACAAUGUUGGAAACCGGCCUGCUUGUUACGAGCUCAGCACCCAGAGCCCUUUCUCUGUCACUCCGGCCAUGGGAACUCUGGAUGUUGGUGAUGCCGUGGAGGUGGCAGUGGAAUUUCAGCCACUGAAGACUGGUGACCAUUCCAGGUCCCUUGUUGUGCACUAUGACACAGGUGAAGACACCCACACAAGCCUUCAUGCCAGAGCUGUGGAUGCCCACAUCGAGCUGGACAGGAAUACUGCGACCCUGGAGAAGACGUACAUCACCAUGUCAAACAGCGCAACUGUGGUCAUCCACAACCGCAGCGACAUCACAGCCCGCUUCCAGUGGAAGGCUGUGGAUACUGAGGAACAGGAGGAGCAGCUGAGGCUGAGGCAGUAUCACAGGAUAUACCAGCAGCAAAGGCACAAGUUGUAUAGUUUUCUGAAGGAGCGUGAAGUGGGCAUCACUUGCCGAGAACGCCUUGCUCUUCUCAACCACACCUUCCAGAGUGAGAUAGCAAAGAUCAGAGGAGAUCCCAUGCUGUUAGAUGAUGACAUUUUCUCCCUUGAGCCAAAGGAGGGUGAGAUCAUGCCGAAGUGCUCGGCUGAGAUCAGCGUGUUCUUCACGCCCCAGGCAGCCCAGGUCUAUGAGCGAACAGUUUACUGUGACAUCUCAGGCCGUGAGAACAGGCUGCCCCUGCUCCUCAUGGGGGAAGGCCUCGGGCCCCGGGUCCAUUUCCACUUUGAGGAACUGAACAUUGGGGAGGUUUUUGUCAGAGUAACCCACAGAUAUGAGGCAUACCUGAUCAACAAGGGGCCUAUUGAGGCUCCCUUCAAACUCAUCCCUCCAACCACAGCCAUGGGCUCCUGCUUCACCUUCCUGCCCCAGGAGGGCAUCGUGGCACCAGAGAAGCUCCAGGCCAUCCGGGUCUCCUUCUGUCCCACCAUCCGGGGGGAGUUUGAGGAACAAUUCUGCUUCCAUGUGGCUGAAUCCCCUAAGCCUGUGAUCUUCACUGUCAGGGGCUCUGUGAUGGGACCCACUUUCCAUUUUGAUGUGCCCGCCCUGCACUUCGGUGACAUCGCCUUUGGUUUUCCUCACACCUUGAAGUGUUGCCUGUUUAACACCUCCCUGACACCCAUGGGCUUCUCCCUCUACAUUCCUGGGGAUGGCUUGGGAGUGCCCAGUGUUAGCAGCACUACUCAGAUAGGAAAACCCAGCAGCCAGUUGUGGAGGAAGGAAGUUCAAGUUCUGAUAAAGCCACAGGAAUUUACCAUCAAUCCCCCCAGCGGGACCGUCCGUGCCCUGGGAUCCCAGGAUAUCAAGGUCACCCUGUGUCCCAACACUGUUGGGGACUACAAUCUGGAGCUGGUGCUGGACGCGGAAGAUGUUGGCAGGAAGGUGUUUGCACUGCCCCUCACAGCCAGGUGCAUCGUUCCUACACUGCGAGUGCUCAACCCUGUCGUGGAACUGGGGCACUGCUGCUUGAAGGUGCUCUAUGAUGAGAAGGUGACCCUGGUGAAUGACAGUGACUUCCCUGGCUGCUACUGUCUUCUCCCUCAGGAACACAAGGAGGAGGCUGCUGCGUGGUACUACAGCCUUGCACCCUCUGGGAUUAUCGAGGCUCACAGCUCGGUGCAGAUCCCAAUUACACUCCAGGCCCAGUUGCUGGGAAAGUGCAGCCUCACUGCCAAGCUGGCCAUGUUUGGAAGACCAGAAUCCCCACUGGAAAUCCGUUUAGAGUGCGUUGGCCAGGGCCCCGUUGUCUAUGUCCAUCCCAGGGAGAUAAACUUCGGCUCUAUCCCAGUCCUAGAGGAUUGUUCCAAAACUCUCCACCUCGCCAAUCAGUGUGAGAUUCCUGCAACCUUCCAGGUGGAGCUGGCUGUGGAACGUUCCUGCUGGAGGAUUGAGCCCAGCAAAGGAGUGGUCCCCCCACGUUCUGAGGUGUCCGUGGCUAUCGUAGCUAACCUGAAUGACACAGUGAAAUUCCAGGAGAAGGUGAAGGUGUUAAUUGAGAACAACCCUGUGACCAUCAUCUCUCUCCAGGCUGUGGGCAUUGGCACCACAGUUGUCACGGACAAACCUCUCGUUCCAAAGCUCGACUUGAAGUCCUGCUUCAGCUUUAGUCGCUGCUUUUACCACUUCCAGCUGACGAACAGAGGCCGCCGCACGCAGCGGCUCUACUGGAGCACGGAAGGGUUCCGCACCUUCCGCCGCAGCGCUCGGGCCCCGGCCCCCGCGGGCACCCAGGGCAAAGGGGCUCCCCCCAUGCCCAGGCCUGGCAGCCCCGUGUUCAAGCUGUGCCCAGUGCAGGUGGACCUGAGGCCGGGCCAGACUGUGGACAUGGUGCUGGAAGGCUGCUCCAGCACUGUCCAGGAGGUGAAGGAGCGGCUGCUGUGCCACGCUGUGGUGGGGAAAGAGACAGCAAAGAAACAGAUCCUGCAAACGGAUGUCAUCUGCAACUUCAUCUGCCCUGCAGUGCAAAUGUCCCCCAGAGCCAUCGCUUUCCGUGUGGAAAAGAAACCCAGUGAUGUCCUGAAACUGCAGUACCAGCCGCUGACAUUAAAAAACACCAGCUCCCUGCCAUUCAGCGUGGUGCUGGACUUGGAGCAGCCCUUCCUGGUCUGCAAUGUGAACCGGAAGCCCCUCCCUGCAAAUUGCAAGCUUAUAAGAACAAUCUGA